UCGCCCGAUGUUUAUACUCUCAAUGUUUUGAUUAACUGCUUCUGCAAUUUGAACCGGAUGGAUUUCGGGUUCUCUGUCUUGGUAACAAUUUUGAAACUUGGUUACCACCCAAACUCUGUUACUCUAAACACUCUUGUCAAGGGGCUGUGUCUUCAAGGUAACAUGGCUGGAGCUGUGAGGUUGGUUGCAGAUAUGGAGAAGAACGGGUAUCAACCUAAUGAAAUUACUUGUGGGACGAUACUAAAUGGUCUGUGUAAGAUUGGUGAGACUGAUAUGGCUGUUAGGUUGCUCAGGAAGAUAGAAGAAAAGUAUUUUAAACCCCAUGUAGUGUUCUAUAACACAAUUAUUAACAGUUUAUGCAAGGAUAGAUUGGUAACUGAGGCUUUGAACCUUUUGCCUGAAAUGAGGAGCAAAGGUAUUCAACCGAAUGUUGUCACUUACACGUGCUUAAUUCAAGGCCUGUGCAAUUUCGGCCGAUGGAGGGAGGCUAAUACUUUGUUGAAUGAGAUGUCACAAAGGAAGGUCAUGCCAAAUUUGCAAACCUUUAGCAUAUAGGUGGACACACUCUGCAAGGAAGGGAUGUUGACCGAGGCAAACGAAGUUUUUACCAUGAUGAUUCAAAGAGGCAUUGAGCCUAACACAGUCACAUAUAGCUCUUUGAUUGAUGGUUAUUGUUUACAAAACAAAAUGGAUGAUGCUAUCAAAACAUUUAAUAUGAUGGUUGAGAGAGGUUGUUUACCUAAUGUGUUUAGCUAUAACAUAUUAAUCAAUGGAUAUUGCAAAAUUAAAAGAAUUGAUGAAGCAAGGAGUCUCUUUGAUGAAAUGUCCAACAAGGGAGUGGCUCCCAACGUUGUGACUUAUAGCACUCUUAUAGGUGGGUUUUGUCAAGUGGAGAGAUCCCAGGCUGCACUAGACCUAUUUCAAAAGAUGCAAGCACGUGGCCAACUUCCAGAUCCCCAAGCCUAUGCUAUCUUGUUGGAUGGCCUUUGUAAGAACAAAAAAAUUGGGGAGGCGUUGGCAUUGUUUCAAGAAAUGGAAGACAAAGAGUUGGACCACAAUAUUGUGUUUUACAACAUCUUGAUUGACAGUAUGUGCAAUGCAAGGGAACUUACAACUGCAAGAGAAAUCUUUAAUGGUCUUCUUGCAAAAGGAUUACAACCUGAUGUUAAGACUUACAAUAUAAUGAUCAAAGGGUUUUGCAAAGAGGGGUUAAUUGAUGAAGUGAGUGAGCUACUAGAGAAAAUGGAUGGGAACCAUUUCUCUCCUGAUGAUCGCACAUAUAACACAAUCAUCCAAGGGUUGCUGCAACAAAAUGAGACAGUAAAGGCUUUGGAACUUGUUAAGAUAAUGGUUGACAAAGGUUUUUCAGCAAAUGCAACCACUGCAUCCAUGGUGGUUGACUUGCUAUCUGCAAAUCCAGGAGAUAAAGCACUUCAAGAAUUACUUCAUUAUUAAGACUUUGCCGGUCAAUCUAUAAGUUGUAUGUAUAUUUGUUGGAAGUGGUUAUUUACUUUUUUUGAGUGAAAAAAAAAAUCUUGUGUCAUAAAGGAACAAAUGAGCAUCUCCGUCUCUCUCUCACUGAUCAAUCUCUGAUCUCUCUUCUUGUCCCUUACUUCCAUCAUCCUCAAGAUCUGCCACUCUAUCCCUCGAUCAAACAUGACCUGAAUUGUUAGCUUGUAAUUACAAGACGGAAUUACUGUCAGUCAAUAUGAAA